AUGAAGGAAGUUCUUUCACAAGGACACAAUAUUUUCUUUAAUACCAUCGCGCUUCCGCUUUCGAAAAAGGCUAUCACCGGACAAGCUUCUGGUCCCGGUCUUUAUUAUGGUUUCGACAUUAAUGACAAAGCUUUAACUGUUAUUGAAGUAGACGGAAUAGGCGGAGACGUUGAGACGACCGACCCUGCCAAAAAUAUUAUCGAAAAAUAA